AUGCUCCCUCACCGCCAGCAACAACAAGUACAAUAUGAUGAGAAUGAUCGUAGUCAGCAAGAGAGUGCAAUUGUUCAUCCAAUAAGAAGAGGCAGUAAUAGAAAUUUAGCUCUCUCUACAGUAUCAACAAUAUCAUCAUCAACUGUUGCUAAUAAUUACUAUUAUAAGAAUAAUCGUCAUCAUCAUCAUCCCUCGAUAAGAUCCUCACAAUAUAUGAAAUUUGAAUCUAAUCAUCAAAAUCCAUCGACCUUCGUAAGGAGCUGGGCAAAUAUUAAGAGAGUGCUUAAUAAGAUUUAUAAGUGGACAUUGGGAAAUGUUCGUCUCCGAAUGUACAUUUAUUCAAUGUUAAAGAUCUUUUCCAUUACCUAUGUUCAAGCAAACUCAAUCAUUUUGGGAAGAAAGGAAGAUCUCACCUACUAUGACACUACACUUAGUCAAUCCUUACUUGUUAUUUCCUAUACAUAUAUGGCACUUCUCAUGAUCAUGUUCACUGAAAGAUAUCUCAGAGAAUUAUACUGUGUUUACAAGAGAAAGGAACUCUUAAUUUGGAUCAACUGGAUCGAAGCUUUUAUCUUCUUUACCUAUGUCGUUUAUUCAGUAUUCACAACCUGUAAUCACAUCUAUUAUUUGGUUGAAGAAUUGAAAGAAGAAAGUGGACAUGAAAAUGCAAAAGAAGUUGGCGCCAAAUCUCUCGAGCAAAAAUUUGCAGUCGAAAUGAUUGAAAUUUUCAUUCACUUGUAUAUUAUAUUUGAUAAGGCAAGCCAUUUUCUUCAUUCUGGACAUAGUAUUUCACUAUAUUUGUCUAAGGCAGCUCAUAUUCCUAAAAUGCAAGAUGUCAGUCAUGGGCAUGAACAUUUGGCCAGUGAUUUACAGGGAGAAUCAUAUGUUUCAGAUGAAGAAGAAAAGAAAGAUGUGAUGAAAGAAAGUGAAAUGCGUAAAGAAUUGGAACAGGAAUUGUUGGAUACAAGUGUUAAUCCUGCCGAUAGAAUAAUCGAAUAA